AUGUCUUUUUCCCAAUUCGGAUACCCUUACAGCACGGCUUCUCAGUUUUUCGUCUCCGCCGCUUCCACCACCACCUGCUGCGACACCGCGUCCAGAGCCGCGUCGGAUGCUUCCUCCGGCUCGGCCCCGACGGCUGCCCUGCGCUGCCCCUCGUACGAGAACCGCCUGCUGGCCGGAUCCAGGACGGAGCUCAAUGCGGCUCUGGGGAUGUACGGCUCGCCCUACGCCGCGGCCGCCAGCCAAGGAUACGCCAACUACCUGCCUUACAACGGGGACCCCUCUACUCUCUACACCACCCUGAACUCCCAGUACGAGAUCAAGGAAGGCGCCUCAACUUUGCAUCCAGGGAUCCCACAGCCUGCCACUGCUUAUUACACCUACGAACAUUCCUUGGGGCAGUACCAAUACGACAGGUAUGGAACCGUGGAUUUCAGCAGCUCAGCCAGACGCAAGAACGCGACCCGAGAGACCACCAGCACCCUCAAGACGUGGCUGUACGAACAUCGAAAGAACCCCUACCCUACCAAAGGUGAGAAGAUCAUGCUGGCCAUCAUCACCAAGAUGACGCUCACCCAAGUCUCAACGUGGUUUGCCAAUGCCCGGCGGAGACUCAAGAAAGAGAACAAGAUGACCUGGUCUCCAAAAAACAAAGCAGGAGAAGAGAGGAGAGAGGAUGACAGGAGGAAUGGGGACGAUUGUAGCAGUGAAAAUGAAGACAAAGAUCCCAAAAGCUGCAAAGAAAAGGAGCUACGGCUGAGCGACCUGGAGGACAUGGAUGAUGAGGAACCAGAGACCAAGGCCGAAAAUGAGCUCAAACAUCCCCAUCAAGACCGGCCACUCGUCAUCGACAGCACCUUGGCCGAGUGUGAGAAAAGCAACUGUGGCUUGACCCCACCCAGCCAUUUCCGGGUGUUCUCCUGCGCCAAAAGUGAUUUGGCAUCUUCCGGGGACUUCCUGAGCCACAAGGGGGUCACCUUAGCGAGCAGUCUCAGCGGUCACGGCCAAUCCUACGAAACUCCCGAGAAGCCCAGGAUUUGGUCUUUGGCCCACACGGCAGGCGCCAACGUGGUUGUGGGACCCGCGGUCAACCCCGGUCAAAGGACAGAAAGUCCAGAUUGUUUAGUGCUCAGGGGAAGGCUCCCUGGGGCCGGAGGACAAUGCGGCGAGGAGAAGACACUGGGUGGCCUGGUCAGAACGCAGCCCGUUCACGACAAGGCCCUGGAGGAGCUGAGCCAACCGACCAAAAUCUUUAGGAAUUCCGCUUUCAACUUGCAGUCCAUCUCUCUAAACUGUGCUUCCUACCCCAUGCUGGGGGAGACCUGUCAGUAUUCAGCUGGAGCUGAAGGGUUUGGGAGAACUGUAAGAGCCACUCAUGGUUCUGUAGAUCUGAGCGAAGUUUGUCUCAGUCAGCACAAGGACAAACUCCGAACAGCUUUCAGGCCAGUGCUGAAGAGGUGAGGCAGGCUAAUCGAGCAUUGGAAAAACUUCUCAAGAAGGUUCAGAACCUCCAGGCUUUCCCAGGAAGUUGUCCAUCACUCCCAAUGCAAAUUCUCUCUUUCUCUCUCUUCACGCCCUUCAAAGCAUGAACUGCAGCUACAGUUUCGUCCUCAUGGUAGUGGUGGCGAAGGGAUCCUCUCCCAUAUGCACAGCUCUCCAGGGUCACCACCCAAAG